GGGACGUUCAAUUCUAUACUCAAUAAACUGACAGCAACAGGAUAUUGGCAUUUUGAUCACAUCAUCCAAUACAGAGUAGGAAGUCAGGCAGGCUACUGAAGUAGGAAUGGAGUUGAGUACCAUCAAAGGUGCAUUUGAUCGUGUUGCAAAGAAGCAAAAGUUAUCUUCUUCUGAAGCCCAAGAGGCAAUCGAUCGUAUUGGCCAAAAAAUUGAACAAGCACUGGCAAAAUUGCACUCUUUUCAUGAUCCCACUUCUCCAGCUGAUCGGAAAACCAUUCUGGAGAAACUUUUCAAGGAAUUGACUGAAAUGGGCCUUAUCGAUCAGUUACAAUAUUCACAAAAGGAUCUGAAUGUGGGAUUGAGCAAAUACACUAAGCUUCUUGAGAAAUCAUUUAAUUCAGACAUAUCCAAGGCCUACAGAAAUGUUGAUUUUGACAUACACACAAUAAAUCAAAUCAUUGCUGGCCAUUUCUACCGACUGGGUCUGUUUGAUCUUGGGGAUUGUUUCGUAAAUGAAGCCAGAGAACCAGUGAGCAACUCCCUUAAAUCCCCGUUCUUGGAGAUGCAUCAGAUACUUGAGGCCAUGGGAGCUAGAAACCUUCAACCUGCCCUGAACUGGGCUACCAUCAACCGUGAGAAGCUUGCCAAAAAUGGUUCGAGUAUCGAGCUGAAACUUCACCAGUUACAGUUUGUGGAGAUACUGCAGAAAGGAAGCAGAGCGGAUGCUCUUAAUUAUGCUAGAACUUACCUUGCUCCUUUUGCCCCCCUGCAUAUGGCUGAGAUCCAGAAGCUCAUGGGCUGUCUAUUGUGGGCAGGAAGGCUCAAUUGCUCUCCAUAUGCUGAGUUUUUGUGUAUAACCCAUUGGGAGAAGCUGGCUGAGGAGCUGACUCAGCAAUUCUGCAGUCUUCUGGGACAAUCCUAUGAGAGCCCUUUGGGUGUAGCAAUAGCAGCUGGGGUCCAAGGGUUGCCAACCCUGCUUAAGCUUGCAAAUGUGAUGGGGACAAAGAAGCAGGAGUGGCAAGUGAUGAAACAGUUGCCAGUGCCAGUGGAUUUGGGGAGGGAAUUCCAGUUUCACUCCAUCUUUGUCUGUCCAGUUUCUAAGGAUCAAGGUAGUGAAGAGAACCCACCCAUGCUGAUGCCCUGCGGACAUGUGCUCUGCAAACAGUCCAUCGUGAAAUUGUCUAAGAACAGCACACGCACUUUCAAAUGUCCUUACUGUCCACUCGAGGCCACUGUUACCCAGUGUAGGCAGGUUUAUUUUUGAUUUUUUUGUAUGAACUGCUUUCUUUUGUGUCUCCACAUGACGAACUGAAAGCAUGUUGUGUGUGUACAUGGCUGUCCCUUAUAUUGGUGAUGUAGGAGUGGGUGUUUGGUUGUCUGUUGUAAAUAGAUAUUCUUUCUAGAUUUCAGAUGAGAAGCCCACAAAUACAUAAA